GGGUUCUUGAACAAUGCAGCAGACAUGCUCUUGAGAGAUGCUGCUUUACGCUUUCCAAUGGUUCAGCCUCUCGGGGACACCAUGGAAGCUGCCCUUAAGGCCCGACCUUCUCUUCAGGCUAGGGGACCACUGGCAUCUGGAAUGACAUGCUUCGGGCUUGGCCUCAAAGGCGUUAGUGGACCAGUCUUGGCCUUCAGGACAAUGUGGUGAACACAUUGCAGAGCGCCAUGGUUUCUUCCACCACUGCGUCAUAUGAAAUGUGGUGGGGCAUAUUCUGUACCUGGUUUGAGAGCAAUAUGUGCAAACGGUUUUCAGUCACUGCUUGAUCCGGGCUGAGCGGAAUCCACAUUUAGUGUAUUUAGCCGUCAUGACGAAGGCCAAGAGGGACCCAUGGCUGGCUACCCAUUGCUCUCCAAAUUUUAUGAAGGGAGUUCAACUUCAGUGUCCAACAAUGGCCCGCUCGGUGCCAAACUGGAACGUUGACGUUGUGCUGUCAGCGCUUGCUAAGCCGCCCUUGAGCCCCUAGAGUCGAUGACUUUGAAGCACCUAUCCAUGAAGAUGGCAUUCCUGUUGGCUAUUACCUCCACUAAGAGGGAAAAUUGUGCACCCAUUUGACCAUUGCUGAGAACCCACCCCAGGAACCCCUUAUUGAGAUUCCACCAUGGAGGAUGUUCAGGUGGAGGAAGAUGUCCCAAAGGAGGGGGCAGAGGUGGAGAACACAGAGCCAUUACCUGCAGAGAGCUAUGCAGCAGAGUCCAUGGCUGCAGACAUGGACCCCUGGAUCAUAUUUGACUCUCGCAAAACGCCUGCAGCUGAGUUUGACGCCUGGCUGGAGACCAACAGGCCAUCCCAGGUGGGGCGCUUUGGGGACGAGGAGGGUGGUAAGGGACCUGUGGGGUGGAUCGCUGUGUUGGGCCCGGACCACUGCCCUGCCACAGGGGACAUCACUGGACUCCAGGCGAGCUGGGAGAGGCUGCUGACCAGCGGGAGAACCAUCACCUUCCAGACUGUGAAAGAACUGGCACUGAACCACAGGGUGCUCACCGGCAAGUGGCUGAUGCACCUGGACUCAGGCUUCAAGGUGGACCAUGCCUGGGAGUGUGUGGCCAGAGCAGCCGUGGAAGGGAAGAUCCUCCAGACCAAGGUGAGCCCGCGCGACCCCACGUCUGACCGUAAGCAUGUCAUCUGUUCCUAUAACAAGGACUUCACAGAUGAGAACGAGGUGAUGAGGCUGGAUGCAGUCAUCCGGGCCACGGGCGUCAAGUGCUUGCUGUCCUUCAAGCCGGAUGUUUACACUUACCUGGGUAUUUACCGCAACAACCGCUGGAAUCUCUGCCCCACAAUCUACGAGAGCAAGUACGACCUGGAGUGUGUGCCCCGACGUUCCCACAUCGUCAACAAAGUCACCAAUCUGGAGGUCACCUAGGAAAGGAGUGUGGGAGGAUAGUUUGCUAUUGCUAAACAAGCGCUUAGUGUUGGACACGCCAUGAAUUAGGCUAUAUUGUACAGCACUGUACUUCUGACUUGGGUUCAGUUAAUUCCCCGAAGUAUGGGGUUUAAUAUUUCUGAGAUCUUCCUAUACGUCUCGAAGCAGACUUGUUCAUCAUGCUGAAAUUAAUUUCAGAUAAUUUCUUGCCAUAGUUCAUUGCAGGGUGCUUCAAGAUUCAGAUUAUAUUGUCUACAUACAAGCAAAAAAUUUGUAAAUCAAGUCUUUAAUUUACUUAUUCGGUAGUGCAGCUGCCAUCCACAACUCUGAAACCAGAGCUUGUCACUGGUCAUGCAGUGACUGAAUACAUGCAUGUUUUGUUGUGAUUCUGUACCUUUUAACAUUUACAAAGAUGUCAAGUUAUCUGUAAUAAAAAUGUCUUACCAUUUUCAUUGUUUGGCUUCAAUAUGUUUUGUGCUCAAUGUCAUCAAUUGCCAAAUAAAUGUAUUUUAAACAUU